AUGCCUUCAUCGACGCGUCCAGGUCUGGCAGCGCCAAUUUCCCCGCUGGGAAGCUCAGGGCCCCCUGGGCCCCCAGGACCGCCACCGCCGGCCCCCGGCCCAGGAAGGCUUUCUCCGUACUCCUCGGGGCACCAACAACAAUAUAUGCAUAAUCUGGGCAACCCGGGGCAGCCAAUGGCCCUGGUGUCGCACUACUCGCCAGCGGCGGCAGCAGCAGCCUACGGGGGCCAUUUUGGUGGCAUGAUGUUUCAGUCGCAACAACGGCAGCCCGACAAACCACAUCAGUGCGACCAGUGCCCGACGGCCUUUACGAGAAAUCAUGACCUCAAGAGGCACAAGAGGAUACACUGGGCAGUGAAACCAUUCCCAUGUGAUGGGUGUGAGAAGGCAUUCUCCAGGAAAGAUGCUUUGAAGGUGCGACCUCGGUUCUCCCCUGUUCGAGAUCUCAACAGCGACAGCGACAGCGACAGCGACAGCAACAGCGGGCGCAAGCGUGACGUCGGAUCUGAGACAAUGGUCAUCACCAGGCCCAGCUGGGAGGGAGACUUUACGGGGCGAGAUGCGUCGCCCCCGUCACUGCACCCGCUUAUCUUUUUCUCCAGUAAGCGACAGACAGCCUUCCAACAGGUCGAAGCUGCUGCCAAGCUGGCGCGGGCUAAUGAGCUUCCGCGGCGAUGGAUUGAGGCCAGAACAGAGGGGGACACCUUCUUCAGCCGGUGCCCAGACCAGCGGCUCUAG